CCUGUGCCAGUAACAAGAUGGAUAUUAAUAGGGUGCUGGUGAAUUUAAAAUACAUAAAUAUAAGCUGGGGACCUCAGUUUUCUGAAUGAUUUAUUCAAAGGUAAAAGCAGCAGCAGUUCGAGCUUGUCUCUGCUGGGAAGAAGGAAAACUUCUGCACAGAAGCCCCGUUGCUUUGAAAGGCUUUGCAGUGCCUGCAAGUUUUGUUUAAAAAGCACACACUGGGAUUUUUAACAUCAUCCAUAUUUCUUUCUUUCUCGCUCUCUAACUUUCUGCUCAACAAUUAAGUGCUUGUGCUGCAGACUGAGAAAGCCGCAGAGCUGCCUUGGCCCAGAGCGGCGAGACGUCAUGGAUUCCUGAGUGUGAAGUUUGCAGGAAAGCCCUCAGUUUGGGAGAUGGAGGCGAUCCAGGGGUUUCCAUGGCACUGGGAUAAACAGGAGGAAACAGUGAGGGAAUCCCGUUAUUUUACAGCAUUCAAAGACUAUAAACACUCGGAGCAGGGAAGGAAGUGGCCUUUCCCUCUCUAGUAACCCUCAUCUCAGAGCAGAGAACUGACUUCACUUCAGGAACAAGCUCAGCCCAGUUCGGAUCCCUCUUUGCACCUCCAAACACGUACGGAGGAGGCGAGCAAGAGGGGUUCCCUCUGUCCGGGCGGCACUGGUUGAACAUGGUUUAAAGAAGAUUUUUUUUUUUCUCCUUUUUUUUCUUUUUUCUAUUUUUUCUUUUUCUUUUUUUUUUUUUCUUUUUUUCUUUUUCUUUUUUUUUUUUUUUUUUUUUAAUUCCUGAUGCAGAGAGAAACUGCCUGCAGGCUGGUACAUUACCACCACAUCAUGAGGUCUAUGGAUCAAGAAGAACCGACUCCACAUAAAACCAACAGCCCACCCUCUGGAGUUACAUACGCUCAUGAUGUCCUGGACUGUGGCCUCAAGCCAUGCCCCCUGCCUUUUUCUAGCCUUUCUGCAGAUCCCAUGGGCAGAUAUGGACAGCCAGAUAGCAUAGGGACAACACCUACACACCCUGCCAACACUGCAGGGGCCUCUGCUCCGAGUCCUAGGAUUGAAAUUACUCCAUAUCAUGAACUGAUUCAUUCAGGGGGUCCCUUCCGCAGCAGAGACACAGAUGUUCUUUUGGUAGAACAUCAAUCAAACUCAGCUACCACUAGCCCAAGGGUUACUCUGCCUGUCCCUGGCUUUGAGUGCUACAGAGAACCACUGUGUUUGAGCCCAGCUAGUAGCGGCUCCUCUGCAAGUUUCAUUUCAGAGACAAAUGUAUCUCCUUGCACAUCACCAUGUGUUUCACCAAAUAAUGGUCCUAGUGAUGACCUUUGUCCACAGUUUCAAAACAUCCAUACUCAUUAUUCUCCUAGAACCUCUCCAAUAAUGUCACCACGAACAAGCAUCACGGAGGAAACCUGCUUGGGACGACAGUCACCAUCACCCUGUCCCAACUCAAGGUCUUCAUCACCAGGUGCAAAACGGAGGUAUUCUUGCACUGAGCUCUACAGUACUCAGCUGCCUUCCACUUCUCCACGACAGUCAAGGACCCCCUCUCCACAACCCUGUCCUCGCGUCCCCUUGAGAGAAGACAACUCUGCAGUUACUUACACGCAGUUGCCCAGCGCUCCUCUUUCCAUGGAUGCUAUGAACAGCCUUCCUGCGGAUCCUUCCUGUGGUGUUCCCACGAAAAUCUGGAAAACCAGCCCCGACCCUUCAUCAAUGCCUUCCCACAAAAACGGCAUUCCAUGCCACGUCUUUCAGACUGUUGACUUCCAUGGGCCUUGCGAGCAGGAGGACAGGAGAAACUCAGCCCCAGAAUCAAUUUUGUUGGUACCUCCAUCCUGGACAAAGCAACUGGUGCCUGCAAUACCCAUCUGCAGUUUGCCCGUCCAGUCGCUCCCACCGCUCGAGUGGCCGCUCUCCAGCCAGUCGGGCUCCUACGAGCUGCGGAUCGAGGUGCAGCCCAAGCCCCACCACCGGGCACACUACGAGACCGAGGGGAGCCGAGGGGCUGUCAAGGCACCGACCGGAGGCCACCCCGUUGUCCAGCUUCAUGGUUACAUGGAGAACAAGCCCUUGGGUCUUCAGAUCUUCAUUGGGACAGCUGAUGAACGGAUACUUAAACCUCACGCUUUCUACCAAGUCCAUCGCAUUACGGGAAAAACUGUCACCACCACCAGCUAUGAAAAGAUCAUUGGCAACACCAAAGUUUUAGAGAUCCCACUGGAACCCAAAAACAACAUGAAAGCAACCAUUGACUGUGCGGGGAUUUUGAAGCUGAGGAAUGCGGACAUCGAGCUGCGCAAGGGAGAGACGGACAUCGGCAGGAAGAACACCCGCGUCCGGCUCGUCUUCCGUGUGCACAUCCCCGAGUCCAGCGGCAGGAUCAUUUCUCUGCAAGCAGCAUCGAACCCCAUUGAAUGCUCCCAAAGGUCUGCUCAUGAACUUCCGAUGGUUGAAAGACAAGAUAUUGACAGCUGCCUCGUUUAUGGAGGACAACAGAUGAUCCUGACUGGACAGAAUUUCACAGCGGAGUCCAAGGUGGUGUUCACAGAGAAAACAUCAGAUGGGCAGCAGAUCUGGGAAAUGGAGGCAACAGUGGACAAAGAUAAGAGCCAGCCUAGCAUGCUUUUUGUAGAAAUACCAGAGUACCGUAACAAGCACAUUCGCACAGCUGUGAAGGUGAAUUUCUAUGUCAUCAAUGGGAAAAGAAAAAGAAGCCAACCCCAGCAUUUUACCUAUCACCCAGUACCAUCAAUCAAAACAGAGCCCAUUGAUGACUAUGAUCCAGCCUUAAUCUGCAAUGCAGUACACAGUGGUCUGGGAACAGUAACACAGCCUUACUAUUCACAGCACACAAUGGUCACCGAAUCCCCUUCCUGUCUCGUGGCCACUAUGGCUCCUUGCCAGCAGUUGCGCUCAGGCCUUUCUUCUCCUGAUUCUCGAUACCAUCAGCAGAAUCCGGCUGCUGUAAUAUACCAAAGAAGCAAGAGCCUUAGCCCGAGCCAACUGGGCUACCAGCAAUCCAAUCUGAUGGCUACACCAGUUGCUAUUUCAGAUGCCCAUAGGUCAGUGCUGGUGCACACUGGUUCUCCAGGCCAAACUUCAGCAGUGCUCCACCAUUCUCCAGGCAACCAGCAGUCUUCUCCAGUGAUUCACUAUUCUCCAACCAACCAGCAGCUGAGGUGUGGAAGCCACCAAGAAUUUCAGCACAUCAUGUGCUGUGAAAAUUUUACAUCAAAUGUUGCAAGAUCCAGCCAGCCCCAGGUCAGUCAAGCACAAAGGUUAAGUCCGAGUUCAUAUCCUACCGUCAUCCAGCAGCAGACAGCCUCAGGCCAGCGAGCAGCAAAAAAUGGACCACCGGUUAGCGACCAGAAAGAAGUGUUACCAGCUGGAGUCACUAUUAAACAGGAACAGAAUCUGGACCAAGCGUAUCUGGAUGACGUUAACGAAAUUAUCAGGAAGGAAUUUUCUGGACUCCCUGCCAGAAACCAGACAUAGAAGAAGAGAUUUGUGAGACAACUUUUACCAAAUCCUUCCAUAACUGACCUCUUAGAUCCUUCCAGUGCCCCUGCAACCUCCUGCUUCCUUAACUGUUCAUCUCAAGGCACCAGUUCAAUGCAAGGAACAAUGUAUUGGCAUCAAGCUGACAGCCUUGACUAAGCAACUCGCCACCUCUCUCUGUAAACAUCAAGAAGGACACCCUUCCUUUCGUCCGAAGAUCGUAUUGUUCUCAUAUAACAGAGCAUCUGUCUGAGGAAACUCUUCAAGCCUGCUGCAAAGUAUCUGUCUAUGUAUCGAUCCAUCUUAGUAAUAAGGGAGAAGUGAGAUGUCACUCCUGAACACCGCACAAAGCAAGGGAGGUUAUAUAUUAGUGCUUAUUUGGGUGGGGUGGGAAACGGGGGAAGAAAGAGUAAUAUAUUCCAUAAAAGAAUAACGACAUUUUGCGGUUCACUAACAAUGACUUGCCCUCCAGGUCUCAAAGCCUUUUUGAGAAGUCUUAUUGUUGUAGGAAACUGAGGCAACCCAAGCUUGCUCGGCCUUUAUCCGACCUGGGACCAAAAGCCAUCUGUUCUGCCUCUGAGCACUGUGAUCAGUAUUUCAAACAGUAGAUGUCAGCUGAAUCCAGGAGUUUUCUUCAUUUUUCUUGUCAGACUGGAAAGGAAUUUGAAGGAGAAGGAUGCUCACAGAGAACCAGUGAAAAGAGCAAUUCAGCAGUUGUAGCACCUGUCCCAAGGUAAAAUAAACCCAGGUAAAACAGAUAUUAAUAUAUAGGAGUCAGAGUAAAUCCAAAGAUUUUUUUAUGGUCGAUCCGUAUCAAUGUUUAGUCAGUGUAUGAACACAUCUUAGAUAUUUUCUCUCUUUGAAAUUGUUGCUGUUUCUUUUCAUAUAGAACCUGCUAUUAGCUCAUAACUUAUCUCAUUUAGCAGCUCUAACAUUUAACCACGCAAGCGACAGAGGAAAAUAAUUGCAUCUGACAGAAACCAUAUGUUCCAGCAAAAGUAUACACUUACUUAUAGUCACCUUCUCUCUUUAGCUUUGCAAAGCUACCAGCGAUUUCUGGAAAGGUUAGAUUUUCAUGUGUGUUUAUGUUUUGCUUCAUGUGUUAGAAUAUACUGUACCGGCACAGGCUUAUCGUGAUGAGAGAUAACCGCUGCCAUCUGCAGUUGUACAGCUAGCAAGUUUAUAACGUUUUGGUUACUGCUACCAUGGUGUGAUUAAAAAGGCAUUAUGAGUGGAUAAUCAAUGUACAGUAAAAGAUAGCCGUAGUAUUGUAGGAACUACGUAGUAAUUUUUCCUGGUUUUGUAAGUGAGAAACGCUGACGUUUUUGGAGAGCGCAGAGCCUGAGCUCUAGUCUAGAACACACAGUGAAUCUGUCCUGUUCUCGGGCGGUUCACAGUCAACUUUGCUGAAUGUCAGUGCAUCCACACGCUCACAGCAGGAAUUAGGAUAGACGAAUAAAGCGGAGUAGCUGCAUAAACCCAUUCACAGAAAACAAACAAAAAAAUCCCCAAAUAACUGACAAAAACUUUUUUCUUGCUGGAUUUUAAAUAGAAUAUCAAAGAUGACCAGGAACUUCUUUGCAAAUCUGUAGGCGCACUGAUGUAAUCUAAAAAAUCUUGCUCUUAUUCGGUGAUUGUCCGUAGCAACUGCUUGUCAAUAGUCCUCUGUGUGCAGAUGAGCAGCUGAUCUCCAAGUCAGAUCACUGCUCUCCAGCUCCACCAGUGACCCUCCGCAAGGAGCCGCUGCAGCGUGCGUGUUCGCCAUGCGCACCGAGGUUUAUUGUUCUUUUCUUGCCACUGUCCCCCAUUGAUCCUUUAAGCAUCUUUCUCCCCUUUUUACUAUAAGGCAUACAUGUGUAUAGCAGACAAGAAAAGGGCGGACUCAUUGGAAAGGCUUUUCAGCGAGCAAAGGGACCCAGGUAGGCAAAGCCCUGAGCUCCUGCAUCUUCCAUCAAAGCAGCUUUGCAGGAUGCACCCAUGAAACACGCGCUCUUUCACUGAGCAUUGAGAUUUCCACUGCUCUUCCCUGGUCCUUUGGACACUUUGCUGUAGCGAGGGGGAGAGGAAUAUAUAUAUAUAUAUAUAUAUAUAUUUUUUUUUUUUUUUUUUAACGGUUUUACAAGUGCUUUACUUGUGUUUGCAAUAGCUGUAUUGCUUCCUCAUUUUAAUGCAUAGUUAUUAAUCUGUAUGUGUGUUUGCGUAGGUGCAUAUACAUAUAUUUAUAUAAUAUAACCACACGUGUUUAGCUAUACGUGGCUAUAUUAUAUAUGUAUUAUUAUAUGUAACCAUCCCAUCCCCCAUCACAAACUUGGGUCACGAUCCUGUUAGUGGCUCCAGUCAGCCGGACGUAUACGGGCUCCUGAAACCAGCUACUGGAUCGAGGGUUCAUAAGAUGUAUAUAAUAUAGACUACAUUUUAGUGGUUUUAUUUACAGCUACACAAGCUCAGGCUGUGCUUCUCUGCCUGCUUCUACAUGCAACUGUUAGUUAAAUAAUAGAGCUUUAACCAACUUUAUAUUUAUUAACAGAGAAAGGGAGUAUCCUCAGACAUAGCAUUGCGCGUUGUUGUUUCUUUUUAAAAGGAAAAAACGAUAUGUUAAAAUUAUAUAGCUAGGCUGAAGAACUUAAAAAUAUACAGUACUAAAUUAUUUCCUGUUCUUGCUGAGCAGUGUUUUUCCAGUAUUAAUAUUUUUUUUACUUAACACAUCUUGCUUGCUGUAGAAGCAUUUAGCUUAACCUUGGAAGAGUUAAUACCAUUUGGUGAGUAAUUUGUUCUCACUUUAUCUGGAAGAUAGCCAUAUUUGCACAUGAGGAAAUUCUGUCUUUCCUCAGUUGUCUGAAUGUUUCACCACAGUGCCUUCCUGCCAUUGUACCAAAGGCCUCCAAAUAUAUUGUCUACAGGGUGAACAACUCUAAUGCAUUUUCCAUCAAAGUUAUACCAUGCGAAGUACAUGGGGCUGGUUGGAGCGCAAAGUUCAUCUCGUUUCUUUUGUGUGUGUGUGUCCGUGUGCAUUUUUUUAUUUUUAAACUUCCAUUUUUCCAUCCAUGCUUUGGCUGCAAAUACAGGAUGAGCUUCAAUAAACUUCUGCAUCAAAUAUACAAAUAUGUAGAAUAAAACCAUCAUUCAUGAUACGUAAACAGUCUGAGAGUGGAAUGGGAGCAGACAGAUAUCAGGAUGAUUUUGUUUUGGCAGUUGUGAGUGUUGGAAAUGCAGUUUGCCAGGAGAGUCAUUGCUCGUGAAGAUACUUGCAAGGAAGUAUGAAGUCUCGUUUUUGUUUUUCUCCAUGAGAAUGAGCAAAACGUAGGAUCUGAACAACAGCGACGGAAUGAAAGUGUCUAAUGUAUGUGUUCUUAUUGGUAGAAAGAAUGUAGAAGAGCCAUGGGUUUUGCACUUGCUUUAUUUGUAUCCAUGUAAAUAUGUAUCACUUCCAUUCUUCGUGUAGGAAUACGGCAUUUUCUGAAUGUAGAAUAUUUCCAAACCCAGCACUAUGUUAUUCUCUAUUGUAUAAAAUGCUGCUGCUUAAUAACAUAUCUAAAACAGUUCUCAAAUUAGCUAGCAUGUUUUUAAAGUAUAUUUUGUAAUCCAUAUCUUUACAAAAAAGUGUCUAUGCUUUUUGUCUGACCAAAUAUGCAACACCUUUUGGAUUAAGGGUAGUAUUUAUAAAGGAUCAAUCUUCAUUUUCUGAGGGUAUUACUUUUCUAUGCAAUUGUUGUUGAACUGUUAUUGUCCAAGAAAAAAAGAUGCAGUUGAUAAUUUUUCCAAAGACUUCAAAGACAGCUUUAAACACUUCACAAAUGUGUUUCUAAAUAUUUCAAUCUGACUUUUUCCCCUGCAUUUCUUUCCAAAUUGCUACUUAAUAGGGAACAAUUAUCUGCCAGAUGGGAUUCAAGAAAAUUACUCUUUUAAUUUCAAAUCUUAAAUUGAUUCAGAUCAUCAUAAAUUUUGCAAUGCUUUAAAAAUCAUCUGAUGUUCCAGUUUGUCUGCAAUUCUGAGUGGUUUGCUAUUUAUAUUACGUGUUCCUGUGCAAUAGGAAGAGACGCCAACGUUGGGCUUAGACUGAGCGAAUUGCAAAUUCUCCAGAAAUCAACUGUUUUCCUUAUCAUUUACAUCGCAGUGAUUUCUUACCUGUAAAUGUAAGGUACCCAUCUGCCAUCAAAGUUUUAAUUCUUUAUUCAUCUCAGUUCAGAAUGAAUAAGCCACCUUUUUUUGAAUGUUUGACAUAAGAUUGACAUCUGUCUUUUUUAGUGUCUGCUACUUUAUAACUGCAGUGGGUGAGAGCUGAGGGCAAUUUGUUUAACUAUCGGUACCUAAGGUCCGUUUGAGGUUUGUUUAGCCAUUUUCAUUGUUCCUGGGGUCUAAAAAAUAAAUAAAUUGGUACCUUUAUUGUAAUAAACUUCAAAUGAAGAUGCUGGUGCUGUAAAAUAUCAUAUAGGCUGUAAAUGAAUGGUCAUCUGGGGAAAAGUUAGUAUUUUGAGUUUCUUUCCACUAACUCUCACAAAAUAGCAAAACUGGGUAGGAACUUCUAGAAUGCCAGAGUGAUAAAGAUGAAUAAAGAGCGAUGUGUUUGCAAUAGCCCAGAAAUCCACAGAUGUGUUGUUGGAAUAAUUGGUUAUUCCAGGAUUAAACUGCCAUCAUUUUCCUGAUGCUGAUUGGUACCUCACUGCAACACAAGUGGUGAGACCUGGGAGCAGAGAAUUGAGGUACAGCCUCAGACUUAAUAAUGGUGGCCUAAUUGGGACUUACCUAGUUGUGUGUGUAAUUAUGAAGUGAUCCCCCCUCCCUGAAGUCCAAGCCUCCUUGCUGAAGCCAUACCCUGUAUGUUUAUAGCUACAUGAGUGAGCAAUUGUCACAUAAAUCAUCCCAACAGAUGUCUUGUCUUUUUAAUCAAAUUGUUUCUUCAAAAGCCUAACUUUAAAAAUUGGAAAGGGGUUUAUAUCAUUCACAUUCCUACAACAACAUUGUUAACCUCCAAUGUAAUGAUUUUUUUUUUUGCUAUCUGUAAAAUAUUUUUAUAUAUUGCCUGUACUAUGGUAGUUUAGCAAUAAAUGAAAGGAUAACAGCUGCUU